UUGUUUCCUUUCAUCAAUUAUAUUUGUUUCCAUGGAUCAACUCGUCCCCCUUCAAUCCAUAUUUCAAAUUUGUUUCCAUGGAUCAGCUCGUCCCCCUUCAAUCCAUAUUUCAAUUUCUAUACUGGGUCAUCUCCAUAUGUGUUUAAUGUGAGACACAAAAUGCUCAGUCUCAUGUAAGUCCAUUCACAAAUUCCUAUAUGUACUCUCCAUUCUUUUCAAAUGCAUAUAGUUUUUCAAUGCCCAUGUUUAAAAAUCCAAAUUUCCAAUAUUCUCAACACAAUUAUGCGUCAUAUAAUGUCCCAAAUAACGUCACUGAAUCUCAGCCAAACCAAUCUCCUGUCACUCCCACUGAGUGUACUGACAAGGAUUCUCCGUUUCCUGAGCAUUGUAGUCAAGAAAUGUCAACAACUGCUGACCAUAGAAGCAACAACGAGAAAAUCCUUUGGAACCCGGAAGAUGACUUUAUCUUGUGUAGUGCUUGGUUGAAUAUCAGCAAAGAUUCACUGAUCCGUAGAGAACCCACGGGUUUUUCAAAGUUAUCGGAGUUUUUGGGAGGGCAUUCAAGAAUAUGAAGAGAACCCACGGAUUUUUCAGAUCCACUGAAAAAGACUUCUAACUCCACCCUAUAAUUAACAACCAGCCCAUAUGCAAAAAACACUAUUAAGUGAUGAAACAGAUUAAGUGAUGAAACAGAAUAGUGAACCAAGAUUCAUAACUGAAUUAUCAAAGAGAUGGAUCAGAACAUAGGCUUGAAAUCUCUCAAAAAGAGAUAAAAAUCGCGCAGUUAUAUCAACUUCGUUCAUUUGGGGAAAUUAUCAUCACUUCCAUCUCAAGACCACAACAUACCAUUCAAAAACAUGAUCGUAAUCAGCACUUAAAAAAAAACAUACAGACAGCAAAAAACCAUGUUCUAAAGAGCCAACCAUGAUGAAACAAAGUUGAAUAACAGAGAAGGAUCAGAACAUAAUCUCUUACAAAGAUAUUUGAAAUCGCUCAGUUUAUUCAGGUUCGUUCAUUUCGGAAAAGUGUUAUCACAUCCAAUCCAAAUAACUCAACAAACAAACAAUAAAAAUCCAUUCUUUACUGAAAGAGUUUCGAUUGAAGACUUUGGCAAUUUGUUUAGGAAGAAGCCUCAGUAAGCCAGUCUAAUUUGACAUCAAGAUUGAAACAAUUCAGCCGGUAAUUCCAACUAAACAAAGAAAUCAUCAUAGACUUCAAAUUGAAUUAAAAAAAAAAAAGAGAAGAAAAAAUCAAAUGUAAUCGCCCAAAACGGCUCUGUGAAUCGGCUAAGAUCAAAGAUUCACAGGUUCCUAUCAGAAAGCGAAACAUUCAGAGAAUUCGAUAUUGGUCCAUUCAUAGCAUCGCCGGUCAUUGCAAUUAUAUGCUACCGGCGACGUGGCAUGGACCCAGAAACGACGGAUAAAAGGAAACGCAAAUAGAACUGAAAAAAAAAAGAAUAGAUUUUCUUCCAAACCCUCAGAGACCCGAUCCUAAUCAACCACACAGCGGCAGCUCCGCCGAACGGCCGCGAGAUCGCUGACCAAAAUCCACAGGACGAAGCAGAGAAGCAAGACGCCCCAUAGAACUAAUCAAUGGAGCCGCCAUCCGAUCGGGCGGCGGAUUAAGCGAGAGACGAAAACGCGGUUGUUCCGACGGCGGAAGGCCCGCCGCUGCUUUUUUAUUGUGUCAUACGGCUCUACCUAUUCAAGGGGUUUUUCCUCACAGGGGAAACUACACGAAAGUAAGAUUAGAAGAAGAAAGCAAAGGUAGGAAAUCAGAAACCCUAAUUGAAAGGAAUCGGAGAAGGAUUUUGUAGCUAAGGAAGAUGUGAGGAGAUGAGAUAAAGCACUAGCUGACUGCAUUGGAGAUUUGGAGUUCAGAAGAGAUGGUUAUAUUAUAUAGAGGUUUCUGUUGGCGGAAGCAUAACCCUAGUAGCUCACUUGAUUCAGUGAUUGUGAUUACUCCGUCAAAAUAUGGGCUGGGCUUUUCUUUUCGGACGGAGAAAUGGUAUAGUCUGGGCCGUAGCCCAAUCAGCAAUGAGAUCCAAAAUGUCGGUCGCGGCCCAUAAUAGUGAAAAAGCAAAACGACAAUGAUCUGGUGGCAUUUCGCUGUGGAUUACUAGUUACUACUGCUGCGCUCGCUGUCCGUCUGCUGUGGAUUUGAAAAAAUUCUCCAACGGCCGGCCGACGGCUACCUUACUUCGCCGACGAAAGGAUCCACGACAAUCAGACUUCUCUAGGACCUUUGCAGUCAAUUUCGAGAGAUAAAACCGUAUAGCAGAUGGCGAUGGGCGGCGACGCCACCUGGGUCAGUAAGAAGCCGCUGCGGCGGAUCGGAGGGAUGUCGGACGCGCUCUCCAUCGCCGCCGAUCUAGGCUACUCGGUUGCGCCACCGCCUUCGCAGGAGGAAGUGCAGAGCUUGUCAGCAUCUAGUGGUGAAAAGGGUGAUGACCUGAUCAAGGUACUUAGAGAGUUGACAACAGUUCAAAGAAAAAUUGCGGAUCUUCAGGUCGAACUUCAAGGACGAAAGGAUGACAAGAAUGUGGCUCAUUUGACACACGUGAGUGAAAUGGAGAAGAAGAUAGAGGCAUUGUCGAGGAUUACUACCAUAUUAAAAGAUGUCAUUCAGAAUAAGGAUCGUAUUAUAGCUCGUCUUCAACAACCUUACUCACUUGAUUGCAUUCCUGUAGAGGCAGAGUAUCAGAAACAAUUUUCAGAAUUGCUUAUGAAAGCUGCAAGUGACUAUGGGCCCUUGACAGCAUCUGUCUCCGAUUUCCAAUGGACUCAAAACUUCAGGGAGUCUCCUUCUGUUUGGGGGGAAAUGUUGAGGCCAAUUCCUGUUGCAUUAGCAUCAUGCACCCGGUUCUUUGAAGCCAUGUCAGCAAUGAGAGAAUCAUUUGCCACGCUCCAGGAUCUCAGAGUAGGCCACUUGACUGCAUCUCUGCCUUCAACACCAGCAAAUCAUUCUUCUUCUUCCCAAAUGACCCCUCGAGAUUCAGACCUUGUUACCCCUCCAGUUUGGAAAACCGAAUCGAGUCUGGAUGACUUGGCAAUCAAAAGCCUAGGAAAACAACAAGAGCUUCACGGGCAAAUCAAUGAACAGAUCGAAGCAGACCAAGCUGAUUCCUUGAACCAUAAGAGACUCUCGUGGCCGCCGUCAGAUAAACAGAAUGGUGUUUAGCUGAAACACACUAUUCUGGACUUCAAAGUACACAUUCACUAACUACUCUACCUUGCUUGAAAGUAUUCUAUUUAUUGAAACCUUUUAGUUUGGGUUGUGCAUUGUGAUGUCUUUUUUUCUUUCUUUUUCCUGUAUGUAUGUAUCUUGCCCAAUGGUUUUGAUCUCCCUUUAAAGCACAGCUGACUGAUGACAGCUCAAAUCUUUUAUUUCUCUUGGUUGAAAGAUGAGAGUGAUUGGGAUUAUUUCAUGAAACAACCACUUAUCAUCAUCGAAAUGAUAAUUUCGCCUCUCCUAGCAGCAGAGCCAUGGAGUAGGCAAAUCAGUAGUACA